AUGCCUAUCUUUGGGAGAUCGUUGCUCGGCGCUGGAUACGUCGUGCUCAAUAUCAUCCGGGCCAUGAACAUAAUAGCAUUUCUCUCCAUCAUUGCGGCGAGUUCAGUCAUGCUGGUCAAGACUUUCAUCGUUUCCAAAUUCUUCUUCUUCGAUGCUUGCGAGCAUGUCAUCAGAAUCAUCAUGGGUGGUUUCCUCAUCCUCACCGAGCUCCCUCUCUUCAAGACUUAUGUCUCCCGCAAUUGGCCACUCUUCAGUCAUCGAUCUGGUUUCGUCAUGCUCGGAUUCGUCAUGAUCUUCCUCGGCAUUAGCAUACUUGGCAAUCUCAACAAGGAAGCCACGAGUCAAAAGAGUUUGGGUCUCCCAUUCUGGCGUGUUGUGAUUGCUUCAGGCAUUGUUGUCUUGGUUAUGGGUCCCAUCAACAUCCUGGCUAGCUACAUAUUCCGAGACAAGGAGAGCCAUCUCACAGCACGUCAAGUUCGAUCUCAUGGUGCAGUGGCCUCCCACAAGGCAGAUGUAGAAGCAUCGACUCCCAAGUUUCCAAACCGGAAAAGUCAUUACCGCUCCUUUUUCCUUGGCAGCAAGCGCGAUUCUCUUCCAUCAUAUUAUUCCCGCAAGAACAAUGGUGACAUGACCCAAACGCCAAAGAUGCACAUGGCCAUCUCCAGCCCUUUUCCUCAAGAUUCAUCCUUGACGAGAACAGCUCAAAGUCCGGGCGGGUCGAGUUCAAAGUACAGCCACAGCCCCAAGAGUGAACGCUAUGCAAUGAGUCCCGAGUUGAGCAGACCGAACCUGGCACAUCAUCCUGCCAUGACCCUUGGGCAGGCGAUUUAA